UUCCAUUCCUGUCUCCGGUCGUCGCUAUCUUUAGCAUCUCGCUCACGGCGUGGUAAUACCAGACCUCGGAUCCCAGUCGAAAACAGGACGCCGACCUCGCUAACCAUCAGUCUGCGAUUCAUCUCUCUCUCUCUCCCUCUCUCUAGCCCCGAGACAAGAUGAUGAACACGACGAGCGUGACUAUCAACACCGACAGUGUGGGCGGAGACAUGGCCCCCGCCGCGCCGCCCAAGCGCAACUUUAUCCAGAAGGUGAACGACGUGAACAAGAUGGAACUGCCGAAGCUUUUGCGCUACAUGCGCUUGGGCAACGUGGGCUGCUCCAUCCUUCAGAUCAUCGCCGGAGUUGUGGGCAUCACGUCCUUCAUCACACUCAACAUCACGGGCACGCUCGUGUCCAUCUAUGUCAUCAUGUUUGGCAUUUUGUUCUUACUCUUCGAGUGUCGCCUCUCGCGCAUGGAGACGGCUAUCCGCUCCAACUUUGGCUUCCUCUACAGUUACAAGGGACGUGCUGCCUUCAUCUUCUUCAUCGGCUUUCUGGAUUUCGGUAUCGGCUCAGCACUCGCGACAAUCGCUGGCGUCCUCAUGUGCUUUAACGCCUUCAUCAAUCUGCUCGUCAUGUGCCGCCACCCGCAGUUCAAGUCAACGCUCAGUGCCGACGCAGACCCCACGGCCGGCUACACGACAAGCAGCCAAGAGGCCGCUAACUUCAUGAACAAGAACCCGGAACUUGCAGCCAAGGCGGGUCAGUACGCGUUCCAGCAGGCGGCAAACACGCGCCAUUAA